AUCAGCCUUCAGUAGAUCAAAAUGAGUGACCCAGCUAGCCGGGCUAGGCAAUUGAUGCAAGAGAAGGAGAACAUCGAGGCUGAAAUAGAUGCAUACCGAUCACAACUUGAGCAGCAAAAUGUCACAAUGACAACCCCGCUCGUCGACCCCGAAGGCUUUCCUCGAGCGGAUAUCGACGUUUACGCCGUUCGUCAUGCUCGAGUCUCCUUGAACCGUCUACGGAACGAUCAUCGGGAUGUGGUGGAUCGUCUAGGUCGGGUGUUGGAGGAAGUGUAUGCCAUCGGAGCGGUCGUCGAACCUAGGUUGAACGGAGCUGGAGCUGGAAAGAUGGUCAACGGAGACGGACCUGGAUCUGGGUCUAGCUCGGCGAGUGUGAGACCUCUGGCCAGGGUGAACAUGGUCUCUGAGAACAGCCCAUCGGCUACUGCAGGUUUAGAACGCGGAGAUCUCAUCAUUCAGUUCGGCGAUCUGUCCUCAGAUCAAGGACACGCUCUAGCGGAUAUCGGCCAACUGGUGCAGCGAUCGGAAGGGGUCGAGAUCCCGAUCAAGCUGAGACGAGAAGAAGAGACUCUCGACGUCGUGCUCACACCGAGAACAGGCUGGGGAGGUCGAGGGAUGCUCGGCAUGCACAUCUUGCCACCAUGAGCGCAUCCGGAGCUGUCAUCGAGCAAUCAUCUGCUCCAUCGUCAUCCCGUUCGGGCUUCUUUACAAGGAUCCUCGCUGCCCUGCUCAUUGCCUGAGAUGCAACCGGGCCCGUAUCACCCAUGGGAUUUGUUCACCCUAUGAUCUUUCCACAAUUGAUGACAUUGCGACAGCUCCCGGAAUCCAUGAAGUUGUAGCGACCCCCUCGUGCAAUACCGCAAUAUUCGACAG